AUGAUCAAAUUGUAUAUUAAUGCUUGUGCGACUGGGCUGGCAUCCCAGUUGCCCGGACUCUUAAUCUCUAACAUUUUUGCGUUCGCCACCAUCGACAUGACAGCUGUCACUGCGAGUCUCCCUGUAGCUGAUCGGGGCUUUAGAAGGUUAUUACAAGAAGCUCCAGGGCGAUCAUAUGACGAUGGGAUGUACCAUCCUGGUGAUAAUCGACUGUCAGGCGUUGCAGAUCCUUCCAAUGGAAUCGAUCACCCCGAGACGAAGCCAAUCGCGGCAGCAGACGCAACGCUAGACGGACACGGCUGGAGCGAGUCUGGAAUGCUUCGGGGAGCAACAACAGACACGCUUCCAAACCCCGUGGUCGCUGCUGUAAAACCCGCGGCCCUGCCGUCAGAAGCGGCCCUGGAUCUGCAUCAAGGACAUUUCGACCAUCCAGUUCAACCUAUCACCACCAUAACUACGUCGACAAACGCCUCUCCAUCCACGACAUCCGCGACCACCUUUUACAAAUCUACCAUCCGUACCACCCUUCAUACCGUCUCGAUGCCGACUGCUACUCGGGCUAGUUUGACUAAGAGCGCAUCCCAUGCCACCUCCACCUCCACCUCGGCGCCCGCCGCCCGUGGCGGGGGAGGGACGGCCCCCGGUACGCAAGCGGGGAUUGUCAUCUCAGCGAUGAGCCUCGUCAUCAUCUUGAUUGUGAUAAUCUUCUGGUGGCUGAAUCGCAAGAAGCGGGCCCUCAUGAAGUCCCUCCGAGGGGAGGAGUCGCCGCCGCCGACAGAGAAGCCAAACCCGGCGUAUAGAUUCGCUUCAAACCUGUAUACAAGCAGUACCUCUACGCUGGUCAAUGUAACGGAGAUCUUCAAGGCUUCCAGGGAGAAGAAAUCGCCAUCCGUCAAUGACGGAAGCAGCAGCAUCUACUCCACCGACCAGAUACAAAGCAACCAGACAUGGAGAACUCUGUUCACCCGGGCUGCGGCCAAGGUUAGAGCAUUCCGAGGCAGAAAACAGCCCCCCGACAGGCGAAGCCGCUAUUCCCACGGCUAUAUCUUUGCACAGGAGUUCCAGCACGUCCCCCCACUGCCGCCGCCACGUCUACAGAAGAUUGUCGCCGGUCUCUACGCCAACGGUUCGUCGACGAUCAAAACCGUAAUAGCAUCGUUUCGAGCGCACCCUCCGCCGCCGAAAGAUAGCGCGUCCUCCUCAACGUGGAGCUCCACGAGCAGUCGCACUCCGUGCUCGCGCGCCUAUGAGAGCUACCCGCAAGCGGAUCAGUUCCAGCCUCCAUGCGACAUCAGCGAUAGUCUGAACCUGGUCAAAGUGCGCAGUGUUUCCUCGGGCACUGUCGCCAUGAGUAACCCUGCCGAGAUCAGCGUCGACGCACAGGCCGGACGCAUCUCGGGAGAGAGCAGGCCACACCAGGAGGCGGCCUGGGAGUCAUCCAGCCCCUCGCUGUCGCAGCAUAUCUCGGCUCCAUCCCAGCGGCAGUCCCCCCCACCACCCACCUCGCGGGAGGGAAGCCCUGCAUAUUCCGGGCGGGAGUCCUCCUCCCAGAUGCAGCCGGAGGUCCCAUCGGUGAAACUAUGGACCAAGCAGGUGUACCGCGUCGAAAUGGACUUUAUGUCCCGCAGCGACGGCCAGCUGCAGGUUGGCGAGGGACAGAUGGUCCGUUUGGAGCAGAUCUUUGACGAUGGAUGGGUAAGUCGACUCAACCAGAUUCCUCUGGGUAAAAAUAUUCGGCUGACUCCCCAGGCAUUAUGCACACUGACCGACAGCGAAAAGCAAGGGCUCCUCCCCCGCGCCUGUCUCUCCACCUGGCCCAUCCAGGAACGCCGGCACUAUGCCUCCAGUAGCAACACCUCGGAGCGUGCCGUAGGCGUCUUGCCCAUAGACUCCCAGCCCUCCCGGUUCUACCGACAACACUCUCAACCAGGAACCCCCAAGCCAGGCACCGAGUCCAAGCCACCAAGCGUGAAGAAGCAGUCGAUCUCACCUACGCUGUCGACUUUCUUCCGUCUGUAG